CCUGCCCUGACAGAAUCUGAGCCACCAUGGGAACCCGAGGUGACAUGUAUCCAUUGGGGCUCUGCAUCGCCCUGUGCCUGUGGGGCACCGUGGCCCAGAAUCAUGGUGUACAAGGUACCACUGGAGACUGCAACAGCCAUAUGCUGUGCCCAGCAAAUGCCAAGUGUGUGAACAGCACCCACUGCACCUGCCUGGAUGGAUACCAGCCAAGUGGGAAUCGCUUCUUCACCGACCCAACAGAGCCCUGUGACGAUAUUAACGAGUGUCUGGGGCCGAGCCCGCCACACUGCGGACACAACACAAGCUGCACCAACGUGCCUGGGAGUUACUACUGCACCUGCACCGAUGGCUACGAGCCCAGCUCUGGGAAAGCCAAGUUCACACUCGCGAAUGAGAACAGCUGCCAGGAUAUUGACGAGUGUCAGGGCCUGAGCCCGGCAGACUGCGGACCCCACGCAAACUGCACCAAUAGGCCUGGGACUUACUACUGCACCUGCAUCGAUGCCUACGAGCCCAGCUCUGGGAAAGCGAAGUUCACGCACGUGAGUGAGAACAGCUGCCGGGACAUCGACGAGUGCCAGCGAAACGCCACAAUCUGUGAGCCCCACGGGAACUGCAUUAACAUGCCAGGGCGUUACAUGUGUACAUGCAGUUGGGGAUUUGGGAAGAGUCAAAUGGAUAGGGCUAAGAUCUGCACAGACAUCGACGAGUGCAACAAGACCCCAGAUAUCUGCGGCCCCAAGGCCACGUGUAUCAACACCAUCGGGAGCUACCGGUGUGAGUGCCGGGCCGGCUACGUCCCCUCCAACAGGAACACGACCCUGUGCCAAGAGCUCACCUGCCCCCUGCUGCUGGGUGAUGACAACUCUGCCGGAGCCAAGAACCUCCUGGGCAGCUCCCAGGCACAGGUGGGACGUCUCUGCAAGGCGGAGCUGGAAGAGCUGAAGCAGAUGAACUCUCAGAACGCCGAGGGAAAGCUGCAGGGCUUCUUGAACAUUCUGGAGAAGCAGAUAAAUCUGGUCGGGCAGCAGAGCGAGAGCGUGGAGUGGAGACACCGGAUUGCGACGGAGCUGAUGGCCCUAGUGGAGAAGCUGCUGAGAACGCUGGCCCUGACCGUGCAUGAUAGGAUCAGCAUCGCAUCCCCCAGCGGCACAGAGCUGGGGCUGGCGGUCAGGCAGGCUGGGAACCAGAGCCAGGAGACUGUGACGCUGCAGCAGAGCAAGACGCAGAUGGACUUAAAGUGGGCCGGAGCCCCAGGGCAGAAAAACGAAGGCUUCACGCUGGCCGGGCUGCUGACAUACCAGGGGAUGAGCCCCAUCCUGGACGGUGCUGGGCGGGUGGAAGCGCCCGAGUGGGACGAGAUCGGCCGGACGGGGAAGUGGGCGCAGGAGCCGGGGCGGCCCAGCUACCGUGUGCUGUCUCCAGUGGUGUCGGCCUUCAUCAGUGACCCGAACCCCCAGGCACUCGGCCUCUCCGUCAGCAUCCGCUUCAGCCACCCAGUGCCGGAGAAGAAGCCCGACCUGCGCCUCCUCUGCGCCUACUGGGAGCCUGGCAGCAGGCGCUGGGCCACCGACGGCUGCACCCUGCAGAAGCUGAAUGCCACCAUCACCCGCUGCCAGUGCAACCACCUGACCAGCUUCGCCGUGCUCAUGGCCUUCUACGAGCUGGAGGAAGCGACUCUCAGUUUCAACAUCAUCACCUACGUGGGACUGACCCUCUCCCUGCUGUGCCUCUUCCUGGCCAUCCUCACCUUCCUCCUGUGCCGCUCCAUCCGCAACGUCAGCACCUCCCUCCACCUGCAGCUCUGCCUCUGCCUCUUCCCGGCCGACCUGCUCUUCCUCACUGUGGUGACCCGCCCCGGUAGUCAGGUGGCGUGUGCUGUCAUUGCUGGCCUCCUGCACUACCUCUUCCUUGCCUGCUUCAGCUGGAUGUUCCUGGAGGGGCUGCACCUCUUCCUCACCAUCUGGAACCUGAAGGUCGUGAAUUACACCAGCGCCAGCCGGUUCAAGAAGAGAUUCAUGUACCCGUUCGGCUAUGGAUUCCCAGCCCUGGUGGUGGCUAUUUCUGCAGCGGUGAAUCCUGGUGGCUACGGAACUUCCACACACUGCUGGAUCAGCCUGGAGAGGGGCUUUCGUUGGAGCUUCCUGGGUCCAGUCUGUGCCAUAAUCCUGAUAAAUAUAACGUUCUUUGCCCUGACCCUGUGGAUCCUGAGAAACAGACUCUCCUCCCUCAAUGCAGAUGUGUCCACUGUCAGAGACCACAGGUUACUGACCUUUAAAGCCAUCGCCCAACUCUUCAUUCUGGGCUGCACAUGGAGCCUUGGUCUCCUCCAAGUCGGCCCAGCAGGCACAGUCAUGGCGUAUUUAUUCACCAUCGUCAACAGCCUGCAGGGAGCCUUCAUCUUCCUGGUGCACUGUCUCCUCAAUCGCCAGGUGAGAGAGGAGUACAGGAGAUGGAUCAAGGGAUUCCCAAUGUUCAGCACGAAAUCUCAGCCAUCCGAUCUGUCCAUGUCUGCUGUCCCCACCACCAGCACCAAGACGGUAAGAGGUCCUCUGCUCUGCUCCAGUACCAGCCUGUGACACAGUCAUCUCUAGCUGCGUCUCAUCACUGCUGUAAAGAUGUAACCCGUCUGCCAGGUGGAGGUAGCAGCAACCAGGGCCAGGUUCAAUACCUAGGGGUUCCAAUACAAAACAGAACCAGCUGGAGCCCCCUGUGAUUUUGCACUCCAUGUGCUUUAUGGAAAUAUGCUUAUGAAUAUGACAUGAUUAGAAUAUACUUUAUGCUAAAUACCCCUUCUGUGGUGUCUUUAGAAAGCUUGUAAUCUACUAAGUGUGUUCAUCCUAUUUAUUUGCAUGUGUUAUUUCUAUAUCUGGAGUUAGGAGAAUAAUAUAUAAACUUGU